AUGGCCUCCGAAGUCGAAAAAGGGGAUACCCCCUCGCACGUUGAAAUGAUGUCAGACAUCAAGUCCGGGUCAACAACGCAGAUUGACCUCGCGAUGGAUCCAAUCCUCGAACGCAGAGUCAUCCGCAAAUGCGACCUUCACGUCGUCCCAAUUCUAACACUUUUAUUCUUAUUCGCCUUCCUCGACAGAAUCAAUAUCGGGAAUGCGCGAUUGCUCGGCCUGGAAGAAGAACUCGGUAUGGAAGGUCGCCAGUAUAACGUUGCUUUGUUUGUCUUCUUCAUUCUGUAUAUUCUUCUUGAGGUGCCGAGUAAUAUGGUUCUGAAAAAGAUCAAGCCAAGCUGGUGGCUCAGUGGAAUCAUGGCGGGCUGGGGUAUUGUCACAAUUUGCCAGGGGGUGACGCAAAGCUUUGGAGGGCUCGUGGCUUGUCGAGUGAUUAUUGGGGGCCUUGAGGCCGGGUUUAUGCCUGGAAGCGUAUACCUAAUCAACAUGUAUUAUCGCCGCCACGAGCUUCAGCGGCGGCUGAACUUCUUCUUCAGUGCUAGUAUCUUCGCUGGCGCUGUUAGCGGCUUCCUCGCCUAUGCAAUCGCCAACAUGGACGGCAACGGCGGCUACAAAGGCUGGCGCUGGAUCUUCAUUCUGGAAGGCCUAGCAACUGUCGUCAUAGCCAUAAUCGCAAAAUUCAUCAUCGUCGACUGGCCAGAGUCGGCAACAUUCCUGAACGAGGAAGAACGCGCUUGCCUUCUCCGCCGUCUAGCAGAGGACCAGGGCGAGGCGCAAAUGAACCGGUUCGACAAGAAGGCCAUGAAGAGGACGUUUUCCGAUCCGAAGAUCUACCUUGGACCCAUCAUGUAUUUCGGCAUCGUUAACACCGGCUAUGCGGUCUCGUUCUUCACACCCACAAUCCUGCAACAGCUCGGCUGGACCUCUAUUCGUGCCCAAGUAAUGUCCAUCCCCAUAUACGUCGUCGCGAUGGUAAUCACGCUUUCAACUGCCUGGCUCAGCGACCGCCUGGCCCAUCGUUAUGCCUUCACACUCGCGGGAGUGCUCAUCGCCACAAUGGGCUAUGUCAUGCUCUUGUGUCAAACCUCCAUCCCAGUUGGGGCACGCUACUUCGCGCUCUUCGCCAUCACUGGCGGCGGAUAUCUAACUCAGCCAAUACUGAUGGGCUGGUUGAGCAAUAACAUGGCUGGCCAUUACAAGCAAUCCAUUGCGUCGGCGAUGCAAAUUGGGUUCGGGAACUGUGGCGGGUUAGUGGCGAGUAACGUUUUCUUUGAUAGUGAGAAGCCUGGGUUCAGAACGGGGUUCGGGGUGAGCCUGGGAAUGACAUGGGUCUGUGGCGUUUCUUGCGCUGUAUUUCUGGCAUGUCUUGUUAGAGAGAAUAGGGUGAGAAGUCAGGGGAAGAGGGAUUGGAGGUUUGGUCUGGAGGAGGAAGAGAAGAGGAACUUGGGGGAUGAUUAUCCUACGUUCCGGUUCACUUAUUAG